AUCGUUCGUUGCCAACCAGGAGCCAACGGCCACCAGCCCAGCACUCCCCUCCCCCUCCCAUCUUUGGCCUUCCCCUCCCUUGCCUUCCCCACGCGCGCACGACGCGAACGACCGCGGGGGCGCGCGGCCGUGAUCGUCGCCACCGGCGCCAUGACGGAGUCGCGCGACCCGCCCACCGGCUGCGCCAUGUUCGGCAUCUACAGCGGCAUGUUCCGCCGCCGCCGGUCCGCCUCCAUGACCUCCCUCCACCGGAUCAACGGCACCUCGCCCGCUGCCUCCGACGCCGAGACCGAGGCCGCAGCGGCCCCGCCCGCGCAGGCGAACCAGGCGCACCGGAAGCCGGCCGUCACCCACGACUCCUCCCUCGUGCGCCGCCAGAGCGCCCUUCCCGUUCCGGCGCAGAACGGCGCCGGGGCCCGUGCCGCGCCGCCGGCGAACGAAAGGGCCAGGCCCGUCGCCAAGGCGGCGAACGGCCUCGGCGGAGCGAGGACCGCGGCGGAGCCGGCGUCGGAGUACACCGGCAUGGCCGCGGAGCUCGACAAGAUGAUCCUCGACCACCAGAGGGUCAAGGGCACCACGCAGCUGGUGCGCGCCACCUCCGGCAACAUGAUGCUGCACCGCAACCUCGGCAACCUCAACGCCGGCGCCGGCGGCGCGUCGGCGCGCAGCUCGGUGGAGCGCGGCGCGAAGAUGGCCAAUGAGCGGAAGGCGCCCAACGGGUACGCGUUCUCGGGCAUGGGCAACAUCGUCAAGGAGGCCAAGCCGGCGGGGGGCGACCUAUGCCGGGCGCUGUCGCACCGCACGGACCCCGAGAGGCUCAAGGAGAUGGGCAACGAGGAGUACCGACAGGGGCAUUACACGGAGGCGGUGGCGCUCUACGACCAGGCCAUCAUGAUGGACGCGAGGCGGCCGGCGUACUGGAGCAACAAGGCGGCCGCCCUAGCCGCGCUCGGGCGGCUCAUCGAGGCCGUCGGCGACUGCAAGGAGGCUGUCCGGAUCGAUCCGUCCUACGAGCGCGCUCACCACCGGCUUGGCGGCUUGUAUCUCAGAUUAGGAGAACCUGACAGAGCCAUCUACCACUUCAAGCAAUCGUCCAAGGAAUCCACGGGCGCCGACGUUUGUCGUGCGCAGUCGGUGAAGAACCGCAUUGCCAAGAGCAGCGACGCGCGCAGUCUCAAGAACUGGAUCACGGUGCUCCAGGAAGCGCAGGCCGCCGUGUCCGACGGCGCCGACUGCGCUCCACAGGUGCUGGCGUUGCAAGCCGAGGCGCUGCUGAGGCUACAACGGCACGACGAAGCGGACGCGGUGUUCAGCGGCGCCGGCGAGCCGAAGUUCGGCGUCGACGAGUCGACCAAGUUCUUCGGCACCUUCGGCCACGCCUACGUCCUCAUUGUGCGAGCUCAGGUCGACAUGGCUGCAGGAAGGUUCGACGACGCUGUGGCGACGGCGCAGACGGCGUGCCAGCUGGACCCGAGCAACCGGGAGGUCACGAACGUGCAGAGGAGGGCCAAGGCGGCGGCCGCGGCGCGGCUGCGCGGCAACGACCUCUUCAAGGCCGCCAAGUUCGCCGAGGCAUGCCACGCGUACGGCGAGGGCCUCGACAGGGAGCCCGGCAACGCCGUGCUGCUCUGCAACCGCGCCGCGUGCCACGCCAAGCUCGGGCGGCACGAGAAGGCCGUCGAGGACUGCAGCGCCGCGCUCGCCGUGCGCCCGUCGUACAGCAAGGCGCGGCUCCGGCGGGCCGACUGCAACGUCAAGCUGGAGAGAUGGGAAGCGUCCUUGAGAGAUUACCAGGUGCUGAUCCAAGAGCUCCCAGAGAAUGAGGACGUCAAGAAGGCUCUCUCUGAGGUCGAAGCCAAGCUCAAGAGCCAAAGGAAUGGUGAAGUAGCAAGACCUCAGCACUGACGUCAUGUUUCUUUAUUCUGUCGGCUACCGGAGAAAUCAACCGAAACUUCUGAAGAGGACAAGGCUUUGGGCAAAACAACUCUGCACGCGCAGCUGAGCAGCUUGUUAUACCAAAUCUGCAUACCUUUUUUGUUCACCGUCACCAAAUUACAAAGAGAAUCAAGUAAUGGAACUGUACAUAAUACUUGCUCAAAAGUGAUUUAUAGUUAGCGGAUGGAUUUGUUUGGUUCCUCGCGAAAAGAAAGUUGAUUUAUUUG